AUGCUACUCUCCCUGCUUGCUCCUAUGUUCAGUUCUCUUCUCUUCAGCCUCUCUUUCAACCAUUCUUAUUUAGUUUCAUCUAAUCUUUCUGCAAGCAGCAAUGGACCUGGUGGGAGAAUUCUGCUCCGCAACGAUCUCGGUCUCACUCCUCCAAUGGGGUGGAAUAGUUGGAAUCACUUCCACUGCCAGAUUAACGACAAGAUCAUUAGAGAAACAGCUAAUGCCCUAGUAUCAAGUGGACUAGCCAAGCUUGGAUAUCAGUAUGUCAACAUAGUUAAAGCUCUUGCAGAUUAUGUGCACAGCAAAGGUCUGAAGUCAGGAAUUUAUGCAGAUUCAGGGUACCGAACAUGUACAGGGAAAAUGCCAGGUUCAAUCGGCCAUGAAAAACAAGAUGCUACAACCUUUGCUUCGUGGGGAAUUGACUACUUGAAGUAUGACAAUUGUUACAAUGAUGACACAAGACCAACCAUNGUUCCAAUUUGGAGGUACUUGGUGUAUGCAUGUACUGUUGUCGCCUGGAUUUAUGAAGAUAGUAAUUACGAGACUGCUGAAGCUCUUCUUCUUGCAUAG